AUGUCUGCCUCCUCUCCCCCAUCCUUACCUCGAGCCAUCCUCCACUCUGUCCAACAGCACCAUCCAACCUUGCCGCCCGCUUUGUCGCCAUCCUUGGCUGGACCAAUCUACACGCGGCUGUCCAACGGAAACCACAGUGUCCCCAGCCCUACUAACUCCCGUAGCUCUUUCCAUGGGGUAUCCUUCCUACUGCAGAUUGGUUUGACAAGAGAGACUGUGAACCUGGAUGGUAAUGACCUGUCACUGUCUGCUGUUAAGGACCUCGUGUGCUCCAUUGUGGACCAGAAGUUCCCAGAGUGUGGCUUCUUUGGCAUGUACGACAAGAUCUUGCUAUUCCGCCAUGACCUGAAUGAUGAAAACAUCCUGCAGAGGUUGACCUCAGCAGAAGACAUCCACGAGGGAGACCUAAUUGAGGUGGUGCUCUCUGCCCAAGCCACAGUUGAAGACUUCCAGAUUCGACCUCAUGCCCUGUAUGUCCACUCCUACAAAGCCCCCACCUUUUGUGACUACUGCGGGGAGAUGCUAUGGGGACUUGUUCGACAGGGGCUUAAAUGUGAAGGAUGUGGGCUAAACUACCACAAGCGCUGCGCUUUUAAGAUUCCAAAUAACUGUACUGGUGUGAGGAAGAGGAGAUUGUCCAAUGUCUCGCUGCCAGGACCGUCGCUCUCUGUUCCCCGACCAGUACCUGCAGAGAAUACAGCAGUUGUCUUGGAUGAGCAGAAGUCUCAUCAAGAAGCAGGGAAGAGAAUCCUGUCCUGGAGUGGCAGGCCUAUCUGGAUGGAGAAGAUGGUUCUAGGUCGGGUUAAGGUGCCUCACACCUUUGCCAUUCACACCUACACUCGACCCACUAUCUGCCAGUACUGCAAGCGUCUGCUUAAGGGAAUCUUUCGACAGGGAAUGCAGUGCAAAGAUUGCAGGUUCAAUUGUCAUAAGCGGUGUGCUUCAAAGGUACCAAGAGACUGUUUGGGUGAAGUUGAUUUUAACGGAGAGCCAGCCAGCCCUGGUCCAGAGUCUGAUAACACUCUGGAUACAAUGGAAGUGGACAGCAGUGAUAUGGAAGGCAGCAGGGGACUGGAUGACUCUGAGGAACUCUCCACUCCUGAGGAGAGAAUGUUCGACAUGGAUUCUCCUUUCUUAGAUCGGGAAAAAGAUGAAGAACCUAUUAAGGCUAUUAGCCCUUCCACAAGCACCAACAUCCCAUUGAUGCGGGUGGUCCAGUCAAUCAAACACACUAAGAGGCGGAGUUCCACUGUGGUGAAGGAGGGCUGGAUGGUUCAUUAUACCAGCAGAGAUAACUUGAGGAAAAGGCACUACUGGCGACUGGACAGCAAAAGUCUAAGUCUUUUUCAGAAUGACACAGGAGCCAAGUUUUACAAAGAAAUCCCUUUGUCUGAGAUUCUCCAGGUAGAACAGUGCAGAGAUUACAAUAAUCUGGCCCAAGGAAGCAACCCACACUGCUUUGAGAUCAUCACAGCCACCAUGGUCUACUAUGUGGGGGAGAACAAUGGCAAUCACUAUCACAGCCCUGUUCUGGCUGCUUCAGGAGUGGGCAUGGAGGUUGCACAAGGUUGGGAGAAGGCCAUCAGACAGGCCCUAAUGCCAGUCACACCUCAGCCUAGUCUGGCAAGUCUUGCAGGCCCAGGCAAAGAUCAUAGAGAGCUGUCCAUCAGCAUAUCUGUGUCCAACUGCCAAAUUCAAGAAAAUGUGGAUAUUGCCUCGGUGUACCAAAUAUUCUCAGAUGAAGUGCUGGGAUCGGGACAAUUUGGCAUUGUGUAUGGAGGUAAACACAGGAAGAGCGGCAGAGAUGUGGCUAUAAAGGUUAUUGACAAGAUGAGAUUCCCUACCAAGCAAGAGAGCCAGCUGAGGAAUGAGGUUGCCAUUUUGCAGAAUCUCCAUCACCCAGGAAUUGUCAACCUGGAAUGCAUGUUUGAGACACCCGAGCGGGUGUUUGUAGUGAUGGAGAAGCUGCAUGGUGACAUGCUGGAAAUGAUCCUGUCUAGUGAGAAGAGCAAACUGCCUGAACGAAUAACGAAGUUUUUAGUUACACAGAUUCUGGUGGCCUUGCGACAUCUGCACUUCAAAAACAUAGUUCACUGCGACUUGAAGCCUGAGAAUGUACUGUUGGCCUCUGCAGAACCUUUUCCCCAGGUAAAGCUGUGUGACUUUGGCUUUGCCCGCAUCAUUGGUGAGAAGUCUUUCCGACGGUCAGUUGUGGGCACUCCAGCUUACCUGGCUCCAGAGGUCCUGCGUAGUAAAGGCUACAAUCGCUCGUUGGACAUGUGGUCUGUGGGAGUUAUUGUGUACGUUAGCUUGAGCGGGACAUUCCCUUUCAAUGAGGACGAAGACAUCAACGAUCAGAUUCAGAAUGCUGCCUUUAUGUACCCUCCUACACCUUGGAAGGACAUCUCAGCAGAAGCCACAGAUCUGAUCAAUAAUCUCCUCCAAGUGAAGAUGAGGAAGAGGUACAGUGUCGACAAGUGUCUCAGUCAUCCUUGGUUGCAGGAUUAUCAAACAUGGUUGGACCUCAGGGACUUUGAGACGCGACGAGGCGAACGCUACAUCACUCACGAAAGUGAUGACGCACGCUGGGAGGAGUACGCAGAUGAGCACAGUCUUGUUUACCCCAAACAUUUCAUCAUGGCACCCAACCUGGACGACAUGGACGAGGAUCCCUAG